AUGUUGGCUCGUUCGAGAGAGCGUCUGGUGCUGAUGGUGGCCGAAGCAGGUCUCGUCGGGAAGAUUCCCGGAUAUCUUCAAGCGGGCGUGAAGCCAAGGAUAGCAGAAGGCCAUCCAGGAUUGACUUUGACAGGGACGAGUUCGUUCGAAGUGGAAAGUUUCGAGGAAUGCCGCGAGACCUCCAAGAUCGCGGGCAAUUCAGACCCAGAGAACGAACCCCGAGGACGAAUUCAACAUCGGUGUCUUCAGGAGAGAUUGAUUCACCAAAGACGAAGUCUCGCGCCCAUCGUGUGA